AUGACGCCGUCCUCAAUCUUACUCGGCCUGCUGGCUCUGGCCGUCUCGAGCGUCCACGGCACAGCGCUGACAUACAAACUGGCCGCCAACGAGAAAGCCUGCUUCUUCACGGAUGUCCAACGACAAGGGGCCAAGGUCGCGUUCUAUUUCGCUGUCCAAUCUGGCGGCUCCUUCGACAUUGACUACGAGGUUGUCGGACCGAAUGACAAGAAGAUCAUGGCGGGAGAAAAAGAGAGGCAGGGAGACUUUGUCUUCACAGCACAGACAGCUGGCGAGUACCGCUUUUGCUUCAACAAUGAGAUGUCGACGUUUGCGGACAAGAUGGUCGACUUCGAGGUUGCGGUCGAAGACGAAUCCAAAUCCGCCCUCCUGCCACAGAAGGCUGGCUCGUCCCCGGAGCAAUACUCCGCGCUCGAGGAUGUGAUAUUCAAGGUUACAGGGCAACUGAGUACAGUCAUUCGCAUGCUGAAAUACUUCCGCACCCGCGAGAAUCGCAACUUCAGUACGGUCAGGAGUACGGAGCAGAGGAUAUUCAACUUCAGUUUGAUUGAGGUGCUUAUGAUGGUUGCUAUGGCCGGCCUGCAGGUUGCGGUUGUGCGGUUCUUCUUCACGGGGUCCAGGAAAAGCUAUGUAUAG